CGUGCUUGGAAUCUGGCGCAAUGUUUUUGGCCUGCGUUUUUCCCCCCAUCGAUUUGGUGGUUUUUAUUUCGGGGCACCACAGGCCGUGCUCCAGUCACGAUCUUGGAAGUGGAGGACGGUUCUUUUUGGAAGUGGAGAACGGAUUCGAGGGCAUGGGAAGAAACUACGAUUACAGCCCUUCACCUCCAAGAGGUUACAGGAGAAGAGCUCGCAGUCCAAGCCCUCGUGGUCGUUAUGGAGGACGUGCUAGGGACCUCCCAACUAGUCUUCUAGUGAGGAAUCUUCGCCGGGAUUGUAGGCCUGAUGACCUCCGUAGACCAUUUGGAAAAUUUGGUCGUGUUAAAGAUAUAUACCUUCCAAGGGACUACUACACUGGGGAUCCUCGAGGAUUUGGGUUUAUCCAAUACUUUGAUCCUGAGGAUGCUGCUGAUGCCAAAUACCAUAUGGAUGGGCAGAUGUUUCUUGGAAGGGAAAUUACUGUUGUUUUUGCAGAGGAGAACAGAAAGAAGCCUUCUGAGAUGAGGGCAAGGGAAAGAACCAGCCGAGGCCGUUCGUAUGAUCGGAGGUCGCGCUCAAGGUCGCCUUGGUAUUCUGUCUCUCCAAGGGGCAGAUCGCGGUCUCGCAGCAGAAGCUACUCACCGGCACCUAAGCGAAAGCACCAUUCAAGAUCCCCGUCUCCUCGGGAGAGAUCUUUGUCGCGCUCACCAGUGGACAGCAGAUCAAGGAGCGCCAGCCCUGGUGUGAAGUCUCCUCACAGGGAGAGGUCUCUUUCUGUUAGCCAGUGAAAUUGAUCUCGGCUCUGUAGUGCUAUACAUGCAUGACGAUGUAGUUGCUGUCACACCGAAUGGAACCAUAUAUGAUCCGGAUUCUUUUUGUCACCCUAUUCUAGGAGUGUUAAAAACAUGUAUGGUGUAUACCUUUGAUUAGUGUUUUUGAGAACAUGUAUGGUGUCACAUCUAAAACCGUUGAUGAGUGUUUUUGAGAACGAGCAUACCUGUUGAAAGGGUGCAGAUUUGAAGUGAUUUAUGAGACUGGGAUGGCACAA